AGGAGCCAGCAGGAGACGCAGAUGCUCUCCUUGACCGAUUGUGUUUUCUCAGGGGAGAAAGAAGCACCAUCUGUCUGUAAAGUAACACCAAACGACUGACUGGAGGCCAACUGGCAAGACCCUGCAAGGGAUUUCUCAGUUCACCAUCUAGGAAUCGCUCUUCUAAGCUCACAUCGCUCUGUUAAGGGAAUUAUUAUGGACCACUCCCUCAUUUUCCAGUGAUAUUUGUCUAAAUGUUGUUCGACAGAGGGAAAAAUUGUUUUAAUUUUCCUGCCAGAGCCUGCAUGCAUGUCCAAACGCAUUGCAGAUAAUUCUCUUCCCGCUUAUUAAGCGGCGACCUGGUGAUUUAAUCGGCCUCUGGGUUUCCUCAUUUUUCCGGUGCCCCUGGUUUGAGGAAAUAAAUAAUAACUUUCAGAUUUGAAGCGCUUUUGCCUUACAGCGUUGUAAGCGGACUGAGAGCCUUAGCUGGAUCCCCGGGGAACGCAAACAGGCGUUAACUCAGUGUUAUUGAGCGUUUCAUGUGGGGAAGGCACAUUCCGGGCUGUGUUUCGCCGCCGCUCGCCCUUCGGCCCCCAUCGCUGCUUGCCAAUCGGCCGCCGGGAGUCGCGCCGCUCCGCGUCCGCGUUUUCCCUCUCGCCUGUCAGAAGUGAGAGGAGGGGUACCGAUGCGGUCCGAUGCCAUCUGAAGGCGCCGCCGAGCUCGCUCCGCCGCCCCGAACGCAGCAGGUCCGUGUGUCCCGGUACAGGCAGCUGGUCAUUAAUCAGGCGGGGAUCCGGCGCCGGUAUGGAGAGCCGAGUCCCCCCUGAAAGCGAGCGGAUAGAGGCAUGGCUGGACGACCACCAGGACUUCGCUCAUUCCUACUUUUUGAGGAAAGCCACCAGGGAGAUGGUUAAUGCCUGGUUUGCUGACAGAAUCCACUCCAUCCAGUCCACCCGCGAAGGAUCUAGAACCCAGGCAGAGCAGUGCGUGACCCCACCCCCUACCGGUGGCCCCGCCCCAGGCACGCCCACCCGGAAGAUCUCGGCAUCGGAGUUCGACAGGCCGCUGCGGCCCAUCGUGGUGAAGGACGCGGAGGGCUCCCUGACUUUCGUCAGCGACACGGAGCGCGUGCAGAUGCCGCUGAGGAACCAGCGCGUGGAACCCAGUGCCGGGGGGGCCCCGGGAGGCGGGGGCGAUCGCUGUGGCCAGCUGCUGGAGCUGGUCCGCGAGGUCUCCAGCCACCUGGACAUCACCACGCUCUGCCACAAGAUCUUCCUGCACAUCAACGGGCUCAUCGCCGCUGACCGCUACUCGCUCUUCCUGGUGUGCGAGGACAGCUCCAACGAGAAGUUCCUGCUGAGCCGGCUCUUCGACGUGGCAGAGGGCUGCACGCUGGAGGAGGCCUACAACAACGGCAUCCGCCUGGACUGGAACAAGGGCAUCGUGGGACACGUGGCAGCCACGGGGGAGCCGCUGAACAUCAGGAACGCUUACGAGGAUCCCAGGUUCAACGCCGAAGUGGACCAGAUCACAGGAUACAAGACGCACAGCAUCCUGUGCAUGCCCAUCAAGAACCACCGAGAGGAGGUUGUGGGCGUAGCCCAAGCCAUCAACAAGAAGUGUGGGAGGGAUGGAACCUUCACGGAACAGGACGAGAAGGACUUCUCCUCGUACCUGGCCUUCUGCGGGAUCGUGCUCCACAACGCCCAGCUCUACGAGACAUCGCAGCUGGAGAACCGACGCAAUCAGGUACUGCUGGAGUUGGCCAGCCUCAUCUUUGAGGAGCAGCAGUCGCUGGAGGUCCUCCUCAGGAAGAUCGCCGCCACCAUCCUGUCCUUCAUGCAGGCGCAGUGCUGCACAGUGUUCAUCGCCGGCGACGACGCCUUGAACUCCUUCUCCAGCGUCUUUCACAUGGAGUACGAGGAGCUGUGCGAGGCCACCGACGCCCCCAAGAGAGACCAUGAUGUCAGCAAGAUCAACUACAUGUACGCCCAGUACGUGAGGAACACCAUGGAGCCGCUGAACAUCAGAGAUGUCACCAAAGACAGGCGCUUCCCCUGGACGAGUGAGAGCGUGGAACAUUCCAGUGUGUCCUUCAAGAGCCUGCUUGGUACACCCAUCAAAAACGGGAAGAAGGACAAAGUGAUAGGUGUCUGCCAGCUGGUGAACAAGAUGGACGACGCAUCGGGAAAGGUGAAAGCCUUCAACAGGAACGACGAGCAGUUCCUGGAGGCCUUCGCCGUCUUCUGCGGCCUGGGCAUCCAGAACACCCAGAUGUACGAAACCGUGGAGCGUGCCAUGGUGAAACAGGAAGUCACGCUGGAGUGUCUUUGGGUAAGCAUGUGUGGUGUGCACUCUCUCACACUCCUCUCCUCGCAGGCCUCCUCCAUCCCUUCGGCCCAGUCUCUGCAGCUCCUGGAGUUCAGCUUCAGUGACUUCGACCUAUCGGACAUGGAGACGACACAGGCCACUGUGCGCAUGUUCGUGGACCUCAGCCUGGUGCAAAACUUCCAGAUGAAGUACAAGAGCCUCUGCCAGUGGGUCCUCAGUGUAAAGAAGAACUACAGGAAGAAUGUGGCCUAUCACAACUGGAGGCACGCCUUCAACACCUCACAGUGCAUGUUCGCCAUGCUGAAGUCUGGCCACAUGCAGGGCAAGAUGAGUGACCUAGAGAUCCUGGCGCUGAUGAUCGCCACCCUAAGCCAUGACCUUGACCACAGAGGGGUCAACAACUCUUACAUCCAGAGGAGUGAGCAUCCACUGGCUCAGCUCUACUGCCACUCCACCAUGGAGCACCACCACUUUGACCAGUGCCUCAUGAUCCUCAACAGCCCGGGGAACCAAAUCCUGAGCGGCCUUUCUGUAGAUGAGUACAAAACCACCUUGAAGAUGAUCGAGAGGGCUAUUCUGGCCACUGACCUGGCGCUCUAUAUGGAAAAGCGAGGCGAAUUCUUUAAUCUCACCAAAAACAGCCAGUUUCUGUGGGAUGAUGAGUACCACAGAGAUCUGCUGAGGUCAAUGCUGAUGACAGCUUGUGACAUCUCCGCCAUCACCAAGCCCUGGCCUGUGCAGAAGAAGAUCGCCGAGCUUGUCGCCACGGAAUUCUUCGAGCAGGGAGACAAAGAGAGGCGAGAGCUCAACAUCGAGCCCAUCGACCUGAUGAACCGGGAGAAGCAGGACCAGAUCCCAGCCAUGCAGGUGUCCUUCAUCGACGCCAUCUGCACACAGCUGUAUGAGACCCUGGCAGGGAUGUCCGAGUACUGCUCGCCGCUGCUCGAGGGCUGCAGGAAGAACCGGCAGAAUUGGAAGAUUCUCGCCGAGCACGGGGACGAGAUGAUGGUCAACGGAGAAUCAUAACACCUUCCACCCUCACUUGCUGGCCGGGCGGCUCCUCGACCUCUAUAUUUAUUACUUCAAUCUGGUUUAUUUUUGCACAUAGGAGAUGCUUCUAUCAGAAAAGAAAUCCCUCUCUCUUUAUAUGUGUAUAUAUAUAUAUAUAUAUAUAUUAUAAAUAUAUAUAUCCCUCACAAUAAUGCUGCAGACACUGAAAAGCAGGAAGUCCGUGUGGCUCCUACCUUCGCUACUGAAGAGAUGCGGACAGUUUAAACACAACAUAGAUAUAUAUGAGCUCAGCCAGACUUCCACUGUGAGGGUAUAGGAACUACACUUUUUAAUAUUUCUACACCUUCUAAGCAUCACAUCUAUAUAUUUAUUUGUUGUAGCAUAUUUAUUAAUUUUAUAAGUUUAAUGUUGAAAAUAUAUAUUAAAAAAAAACUUUUAAAGGUUAACACUGAUUUUUUCCCAACAUACAUUUAUAUAUGUACAUAUGUUGCCUUACGUAAAACAUGCAAUCAGUACCAUAGGACAGGACAUCUGACCCAUACAUCAUUUGCAAAGGCUACCUGUGGGCUCUGUGAUGUCUUUACUAACACACGAUAGGUGAAUGAAGGCGUAGAAAAAGUACAAACCAUCGCAACAUUGUUGCCAGUAUAAUCUGUGACAUUUUCACUGGUAGGUUUUUUGGCAUAUCAAUGAAAGGGUCUGAUUUAAAUGCUUCAUUUGUGCGCAUUUAUUGCGAGACGAGCCACAUGCAGCCAGCUAACAGCUGUCUGAUUAGGCCCCGUGCAUCUGAAGUGUUUGAGAAGGUUAUUGUUUGAGCGCGAGGCAGGAGGCCCAGCGAGGCUGAACGUACACUUACCACUGACCGGUACGUUUGACACACAAACCGAUUAGCUGAUAGUUAUGGGAGAAUGUCUAUAACAGCGAAAGCAACUGUUCACGUCUAAGCAUCACUUUUUAUAGAUCUGUGUAGUAUGUAGAUCCUGUUAUUGCUGUGAUUGUAUUUUAAUGAAGAGAUAUCCUUCUUUCUGCGUCAGACAGAGUGUUGUGUCUCCGUGUUUGCAGAAACCAGGUUUAAGCUGUCAGAUGGGACUUGAAUGUUCGUAGGAGCCCAAACACGGAAGAGCUGAGAUAGCGUGAAACGGUGUGCGGUAGGGUUAGGGUGUAGGUGAAACAUGGUGUGCGGUAGGGUUAGGGUGUAGGUGAAACAUGGUGUGUGGUAGGCUUAGGGUGUAGGCGCACGGGACUCUGUCCCUGGGCAGGUAAAACUGUACUGUGCAAGAAAUUAUGUGUCCUUUUGUAUUUUUCAAAUGACAUUAAUACCUCUAAAACCCGUGGUCACUAACUAGUGGACUCCGGUCGGUAUCCAGACCGAAAUACAAUUGAAUCCAGAACAUGCAACCGACCCCCCCCCCCCAAUCUGCACUGUAAUGGCUUUGUGAUACUGAUGGAAUUUGGCCCUCAGGGAAGAAUUAAGGGCCGCUGCCUUAAACAGACCACUUAUCUAUAUAAAUGUACUCCUUAAUAGUAGGAUUCCAAGUAUCCUCAUGCUUUGGGUUUUCCUAGGGAAGGCAGGGUAACACCAGGUCAGUGUAUAACACUAGGUGAUCUGCACUGUGCCCAAGCACGUUUGACCCCCAAAAUCAGGUCAUGGGAACGGUAUGCAUCUAGCAUGAUCUCUAACCGUGCCUAACAGACACAAUGUCAGUGAUGCGACAGGCACACACAUGCACACAUGUACAUUAUACAUGAACUGAACCCUAAAGGAAUGGAUCGGGUAGGCUGUUCUGAUGGGGUAGUGACAAAUAUUUAACAAACAUGGCAGUAAAAGGAUCACUUUGGUCUCUGGCAGAGGUGCAGUGUUUGCAGGAAAUUUGGGGUGAUGAAAAUACCCAGGAAAAACUAGAUGCAACACACAAAAUAUUUGGUAAAAUACAGGAUAUCUUCUUAUACAUGCAGAAUGAUUAAAUGAAAAUCCCUGUUUUGCAUACUUUGUAAAUUUUUAAGAGGGCCGUGUGGUAUCGCACCCUAAACUACUCCAAAUAAGCCACAAAAUAAAGACAUGAAUCAUGAA